AUUAAACUUAAGGAUGCUGCACUUUAUAAGCGACGCAGCAAGGCGACAGGACAGUAGCGUUUCUGCAGCCUGUCUUCCUGUCUCAAACUAAUCUAUCAUAGUCUACAGUAAUAGCCAUCAAAAGUAUCUCCAGGCACCAUGGAUAACCGAUAUUCGUACCGACUUCUGCGUAUGGACACGGAUGAAUGGAUGUCUUGUGCCUUAUCUUAAUGCCUACAUAGAUGCCUGAAAGUUAGAUGCCUCGAUCGGUACCUGGUGCCUAAGGUUAAUAUCUAUAUUUCUGCCUUAUUUAUCAGGCUUUAAAAUAGCUUAUCAGCAUAUCACCACGUGACGCGGAGGUUGCCAGAACUUUCACCGACCGAAGAAAAAAAAAAGAAAAAGAAAAAAAAGAAGUUAUCGCGGAUAAUUUUUCAAACACUGACCAACGCAUCACACACCUUUUUUUAUUGUCUGUAAAAAAAGGUCGUCAAAAUGCCAAUCCCAGUGGACACUGCCAAGGACAUCUCGAAGAAGAGAAAGAGAAGACACGGCGCCGGUGCGCGAGCAGAAAACGAUGAUACCCCGAAGCCAACCGUCACCGAGUCCCCCGUCGCGAAGAAGGCUGCCAAGUCGAGUGGAAAAUCCAAGAAGGAAGCCUCGAAGAAGCGCAAAGUGAACCAUUCUUCUGGUGAUGAGGAGAGCGAGGAGGAGGUAGAGGCUGUUGAGGAGAAGGGUGAGGAGGACGACAAUGAAGAGCAAUCCGAGGCCGAGGAUGGAGACGACAAGGAUAAUGUUGCCGACCUUCCUUCGGCGGAUGCUGUUACUCUACCACAGAUGGGCACCGAGCCGCAAAAGUUUACGGAAUUGAAUCUGUCCGACAAGACGAUGAAGGCUAUUCAGGAUAUGGGUUUCGAGACCAUGACUGAGAUUCAGCAGCGAACAAUUCCUCCCUCGCUGGCUGGACGGGAUGUUCUGGGCGCUGCGAAGACUGGUUCUGGAAAGACGCUGUCGUUUUUGAUUCCCGCUGUUGAGAUGCUGAGUGCUUUGCGAUUCAAGCCCAGAAAUGGUACUGGUGUUCUCGUCGUCUCGCCCACCCGAGAGUUGGCCCUGCAGAUCUUCGGUGUCGCCCGAGAGCUCAUGGCUCACCACUCGCAGACAUACGGUAUCGUCAUUGGAGGCGCAAACCGACGCGCUGAGGCAGAGAAGCUCACCAAGGGUGUUAACCUGCUGAUUGCUACCCCCGGACGUUUGCUCGACCACCUCCAGAACACCCCCGGAUUCGUGUUCAAGAACAUGAAGACUCUGGUCAUCGACGAGGCUGAUCGUAUUCUGGAAGUCGGUUUCGAAGAUGAGAUGCGCCAGAUUAUUAAGAUCCUCCCCGCCGAGGAGAGACAGACUAUGUUGUUCUCUGCCACCCAGACCACCAAGGUCGAGGAUCUGGCCCGGAUAUCGCUGCGACCCGGCCCGCUCUACAUCAACGUGGACCACCGAAAGGAGCACAGUACGGUGGAGGGAUUGGAGCAGGGAUACGUUCUCUGUGAGGCUGACAAGCGUUUCUUGCUUCUUUUCUCCUUCUUGAAGCGCAACCUUAAGAAGAAGAUUAUUGUUUUCUUCUCCAGCUGCAACUGUGUCAAGUACCACGCGGAGCUCCUCAACUACAUUGAUCUGCCCGUGCUUGAGCUGCACGGCAAGCAAAAGCAGCAGAAGCGAACCAACACUUUCUUCGAGUUCUGCAACGCAUCACAGGGAACUUUGAUCUGUACUGACGUUGCUGCCAGAGGUUUGGAUAUUCCUGCUGUGGACUGGAUUAUCCAGUUUGACCCUCCGGAUGACCCGCGUGACUACAUCCACCGUGUCGGUCGAACCGCUCGUGGUGCCAACGGAAAGGGACGCAGUCUGAUGUUCCUGCAACCGUCGGAGGUUGGCUUCCUGAAACACCUGAAGGAGGCACGUGUUCCUGUCGUCGAGUUUGAGUUUCCCGCCUCGAAGAUUGUCAACGUGCAGUCUCAGCUGGAGAAGCUUAUUGGCCAGAACUACUAUCUCAACAAGUCCGCCAAAGAAGGAUAUCGCUCCUACAUUCAAGCGUACGCCUCGCAUUCCCUGCGUUCCGUGUUCGACGUGAACAAACUGGACCUGGUCAAGGUGGCCAAGGGAUUCGGAUUCUCCGCACCACCACGCAUUGACAUCCAGCUGGGAGCAAGUCUCAGCCGGGACAAGAAGCAGCCACAAGGACGACGGAACUACGGCAGCCAGCCCGGCAAUAAUAAGGGACUGAAGUUCAAGCGACGCAACGACGACUAAUCUGAGGGUGGUAAUCAAAAGCAAAGCACAAAAAGCGACUUGUUUGACAUGAGAUGGCAUUAUUUAUAUCUUUUUGGUAUUCGGAGUUUAGCCUGUGGAUAUAGGAUUGUUUAGUCUUUAUGAUAUUGUAACUAUUGACAGUCUUGAGCCUGUAGACAGGGAUAGCUGCGAGGGCUGAGAUGAAAGCCUAGCUUUGAGUAUAUUUAGAACGUCAGGAUGAUAGGUAAUCUGUCAGAUCUAAUCAAGCUAGGAAUGCAGUAAAGCUAUAGAUCUGUAAGGUACGUGGACUAGUACCUGCACAUAAAUGAUAUGAAGCUGUAGACUACACCGUUGUGAGUUGCCUGAUGAGUGCCUGGUAGGUGUUAAUAUGGAGUAAUAUGCCGUUCCAUGGAUGAGUCUG